AGCUGCGCAGCUGCUUGAAGCUCGAGUUUCAAUCUUGGGUUCGCAAAAAAUUGCCGCCAUGGGGAUCAUGGACUUCAGGGUCCAUGAAUUCUAUGAGCUCAAAGGGGAGACAAGAUGUGGUAUUUGCUGCUGUUCAUGUACCUGGUUCGUGCUCUUCAUUCUCUUCGUUUGUUCAUUUCAGCAGGUAGACCGACUAAAUGCUGGUUUGUUGCGAAAUGGCCUCACUGGAGAAGUGAAUUUGGAGAGUAGCUACGACCCGGGCCGCUAUCUUGUGGGCUUCUGGAACGAGUUCCUGCAAUUUCCCACCACCUUGAAUACAAUCGAGUUUGCCGACGAGGCUGUGGAGGCUGGUGUGCAAAAGCUGGGGAAGCUUCGGUCCCGCGACAAGGACGGAAAACAGAUCUGGCUUGAUGUCUCCGUGCAGUACAAGAUUAAGAAAGAACAGUUGCCAGAUAUCUACAGGGACAUGACGAAGCUCUAUGAAGACGUCUACAUUUCAGAACUUCGCGGAGCCUUGCAGCGCAUCACCAAUGACUUCACCAUCGACGAGGCCUGGAGAGACUAUGCCUCGGUGCAGAUCAGGAUGCAUAACAUCUGUAAAGAGGUCCUUGCUCCACGUUAUGCUGACUGUUGGGGUCUCCAGCUUUGGGGCAUCCGCUUGCAAGCGGAGUAUGAAAAUCAGCUGGUUCGAACUCAAGUCAGGAAGCAGGCCGAGCAGACAGCUGUGGCCAGACAGGUUCAAACUGAGUACCGCCAGAAGACCGAGGUGCUCCUUGCUGAAUACGUGGCCAAUGUGACAGUCAUCGAGCAAAAGGGACAGGCUGACAGACAGCGCAUUGAGCGAGAUGCAGUGAGCACUGCUCGGUCGGCCCUGGUGACAGCGCAAGGUGAUGUGUAUAAACUGGUGCGGGACCUCGUGAUGAUCAAUGCCACCGACUCCCAAGCUGAACAAGUCAUGACUGGAUCUCAACUGGCGCAGUACCAAAGGAUCCUCAUGCUGAAAGGGAAGGCUUCUUCGAAUUUUGAGUUCAUGCACUGAGCCCGGCGAUCGCCUCCCAGGAUCAACGGACCAAAAGCGCGGCGCAGAAGGCGAAUUUCGUAAUCCGACGCAAUAAAUCACUGUGGAAUGGGA